CUUUCCCGGGGAGAAGAUGGCGGACGACAAGGACUCUUUGCCAAAGCUGAUGAAAGAUCUUGCUUUUUUGAAGGAUCAGCUGGAAAACUUGAAACAGAGAGUUGAAAAUGAGGUGCAAGCUGACAUGGGACAGGAGGGUUCUUUGCUGGCAUCUCCAUUUCUCAAAGGGUUCCUUGCUGGCUAUGUUGUAGCCAAGCUCAGACCUUCAGCAAUACUGGGGUUUGUGGUGGGGACUUGCACGGGGGUUUAUGCUGCUCAGACCUAUGCUGUCCCUAAUGUGGAAAAGACUGUCAAGGACUAUUUCAAUACAUUCCGGAAAGGACCAAACUAGAAGAUAAUC